UCGGAAGUGACGUCAGCAUAGUUCCUUUCAAUCAAUUCCUGUGAAACCGCCUGGUUUUCUCAUUUACAGAAUGACUUCCGACGCUGUUGAGAAGCCUGUUGAGGAUGUGAAGUUGGAGGAUGCCAACGACAACUCCGGCACAGAGUCUGAUUCGGAGGAAUCCGUACCGGAAUUGGAAGACGCUGAUGGCCACACAGCAACCAGUCCAGGGGUGUCGGCCACCACCGGUGUUCAUGAGGAGCCAAUCAGCAGAGCAAAACAAAGUCGAAGUGAGAAAAAGGCCAGGAAAGCUCUUAUCAAGCACAACCUGCGGCCGGUUACAGGAGUCACCCGUGUUACCAUCAGAAAAGCUAAGAACAUCUUAUUUGUGAUCCCUAAGGCUGAUGUUUACAAAAGUCCUGCAUCGGACACAUAUAUCAUAUUCGGAGAGGCCAAGAUUGAGGAUCUUAGCAACCAGGCCCAAAUUUCGGCCGCAGAAAAAUUCAAAUCCCCUGAUGCUAAUCCAGCUGGUGAGGGUCUCCCGAGCACCGUCUCGCAGCCUAUUCAAGAAGAAGACGAAAAUGAUGAUGAGGUUGAUGAGACGGGUCUGUUAUCUAAUGACAUUGAACUCGUUAUGGAGCAAGCCAGUGUCAAACGGGCGAAGGCGGUCCGGGCGUUAAAAAAUAAUGAAAAUGAUAUCGUAAAUGCUAUUAUGGAGUUGACGAUGUAGAACAAACUGCCUCUGGGGACUAAACAUUGGGAGGGAGAUAACUAGUGCUGCAUGCAAAAUGUGGAAACACAUUUUGUUUUGGGUUGGAUUUUUUUGAUACUAUAUUAUAAACUCUUGUAAAAUAUUAAUUAUCGUGUAAUAAUAAUGCCGAAAAAUACAA